CUCCAUCCCCUUUCAUUGGGUCCACUCCGGUGUGCGGAACAAAAAGAGAAAGUGAAAAGGGCGCCGCAUAAUCUCCAAUCACUCUGAACCGAGGCACCAGCGAUAUCCCCUCCUCCCUCUUUCUCGCGCAGAAACCGGGUUGACUAGAACGCGCGUAUCACAACGACAGCUAUACCAACGACAGACACGAGCCAGAUCAUAGGGAGAACGGAGUCUCGCUGUUGAGCACUACAAACACGAGAACGGACUACGCUUUUGCCGCUCGGUCUGUGUCUCCGUACACUCUAAAGAACUAUCACAUCGGUGGAUGGAUUAACAGUUACAGAUCCACGAACCAAACUAUCAGGAAUCUGUCAAUCAAUCAGGAAAAUAAUGUUGUUUUCCCCAGAGAGACUCCUGGGGCGCGAGGCACCUGUCAACUGCAUCUCACUUUUCCCGGUAAAUCUGCUGGAGACAUUCUCUAUUGCUACACUAAAUACCCUCUAGGACUGGAAGGAGGAGGACGGAGUGAAGGAUUUUGAGUGAUCGGAAAUAGAUUAAGUAAAGAGUGAAAGUCUUCGCCUCUCUUAGGAUAGAAGGAAAUAUAUAAAAUAUUCUACAAUAAAUAAUAUUUCUGAACGUGUAUGAAUAGAGAGCCUACUGCCCCGAAUGUUUGACGGGUUUACUGUCGCGUCUUCGUAUGCAAGUGUAGUGACCUCAGUGCGUCACGCAUGCUUUUUAUGUAAACAGCCUGCAGGCUUUAGUAAUGCUAAUACGAAUUAGUUUUUAAUGUAAAAAUAAAUAAAAAAGUAUUUAUUUAAGUUAUUUUUUCCUGGAUGAGUUGCUGAAUGUAUUAGUAUCCUACAUUUCCUCCGCUCUGCAUUCUUUCGGAUUGAGAAGAGGCACACUUGACUUAGUGAAGAGUCUGAAACUGGACGGACAGACUCCCAUAUAUGCGCAAGAGCCUGCGCAUGGGAGAGUGGACCCAAAAGGCUGGAUGGCGUGCAGUACUUGUUACUACCUGGUCAUCAGCUCCACACACCUGAGCAAAGGCCAUGUCCGACGUGUCAAGGGAGUAUUCCGAGGACCCCUCUGUCCAACAGCCUCCAGCCAAUCACCAGACCAUGGCGAGAGGGCAGCAGGUGCAGUGGAGGAUGAUGGGAAGUCAAGUUUCUUCUGUCAGCUGUGUGAGAAACAGUAUCUGAGACACCAGGAGUAUGACAACCACAUAAACUCCUACGACCAUGCACACAAACAGAGGCUAAAGGAGUUGAAGCAGAGGGAGUUUGCUCGCAACGUGGCGUCUAAGACUUGGAAAGACAAACGCAAGCAGGAGAGAGCUCUGAGACGCCUUCACAAACUAGCACUGAUACGACAACAGACACACAGGGUACCAGGCCAGGUUGUUAGGUUCAAAGGCACAGUGAGAGCUGAGAUCCGGCAUCCAGAGACACCAUGGAGAGAGAGAGACUAUAGACAACGAGGCCUUCCUGUGACCCUACCCGUUACCCAGUCCCAGAUUAACCCUAUCAGCUCCCGGAGAGAGAACAAGUAUCCCCGACUCCAACCUAAGCCAGUCUCCCCAUGUCAAGCCCACCUUUCCCACCAAAAGGAUUCUAAUCAAACAGCUAUCCACCUUGGAGGGCCCUCCGACUGUAGAUGUGAGCCCUGUUGGGAGAGUCCCCAGCCUUUCCUGCAUUGUUCCCCCCAGGACACUGCCUCUCCAUGGGGUCGAGACAAAGGCAGGGUUGGGGUCUCCUUCUGUUUUUCCAAGAGAGGCCAAAAGCUAGAGCCGUGUGCCUCCGUCUUCUCAGACCAGGAGGAGGAUGAGGGGAGAGGAGGACAAAUGAAGGAGAAGAACAAGGAGCUGCAUCCGUGUCACCCAGACAACGCGUUGCCAGGGCAACCAGCCAACGGCCUUCACCCCGGAAACAAGACAGAACCUUCAGGCAGGAGAGCGGGGGAGGACAGACGAGAAGAGAGGGGAGGGGAGGAGACAGAGGGGUCUUCUGCUAAUCAGCUCCCAGGUUGUUCUUCCCAAAUGGCCCGACUGAGAAAAACAGCCCAGAACCCCGGAGACAGGACAGCAGGGAAGAGAGAGGAGAGGGAGGAGGGCAACAGGGGUGAAGAACACAGAGAACAUAAGAGGAAUCCCAUGUCUUCUUACAUCCACGUGGUUGCCAGAGAUGGAUUCACACAUCUUAGAUGGCCUUUAGGAGUGGUGCAUUUUACCACAGUUAAACCCCAGCUCUCCUACAGUUGCAAGUCCACACACUGGAGAACCCACACCAACCCACUGCAGAGAGGGCCUGAAACCCACACCAACUCACUACAGAGAGGGCCUGAAACCCACACCAACCCAUUGCAGAGAGGGCCUGAAACCCACACCAACCCACAACAGAGAGGGCCUGAAACCCACACCAACCCACUGCAGAGAGGGCCUGAAACCCACACCAACCCACUGCAGAGAGGGCCUGAAACCCACACCAACCCACUACAGAGAGGGCCUGAAACCCACACCAACCCACUACAGAGAGGGCCUGAAACCCACACCAACCCACUGCAGAGAGGGCCUGAAACCCAUACCAACCCACUGCAGAGAGGGCCUGAAACCCACACCAACCCACUGCAGAGAGGGCCUGAAACCCACACCAACCCACUACAGAGAGGGCCUGAAACCCACACCAACCCACUGCAGAGAGGGCCUGAAACCCACACCAACCCACUACAGAGAGGGCCUGAAACCCACACCAACCCACUACAGAGAGGGCCUGAAACCCACACCAACCCACUGCAGAGAGGGCCUGAAACCCACACCAACCCACUGCAGAGAGGGCCUGAAACCCACACCAUCCCACUGCAGAGAGGGCCUGAAACCCACACCAACCCACUAGAGAGAGGGCCUGAAACCCACCUCGGUCACACCAACCCCAAACAAAACAUUCCCAACUGUUGUCUGACAGACACUAAACACAACCUCCCCAACCGCUGUCUGACCGUUCCUAAAAACAACGAUCCCAACUGCUGUCAAACCAAGUCACUCUGUGAUUCAAGCAACACUCGCUGUCAAGCCCACCAAUCAAUAAGGAUGCCGCAGAGAGGUGCAGAGGAGUCAAAAGCAUUCAGGGUGUCUAGAUCCCAGCCUCUUCUGGAAGGCACUGAAAAGGUAGCAUCCAUAAAAGACCUUUAUACGGAAACCGGAGAGAAAGAUGAAGGAGUCACACACUCUUCAUCCUGUUAUGUUCUACAGAAGACAAAGGCACUUGGAGUGACAGCAGCCUCCCAGGAAGAAGCAACAAACCAAGAGAUUAGAGGUGAAUCUGGGUUCACAACGCCUGUAGGAGAGGCAAUGAACCGCCCCCUCUUUGAAAGCGACGAACGUGUUCACGGUGACAACGCUCACGCAAUCCCCCACAAUCCCAAAGUUGGCAGAUUACGGAGACGUGUGGGACAGGGAGGAGAACAAGCCAUCAGAACCUCCAGGACCAAAUCUGAGGCUGUCAUCCGGCCCAGUACCGCGGCGUGUGUGCGCGCAAGUGAGGUGAGGUGUGUGUGCACUCACGCUGCCAACUCCUGCACACACUGCGUGGGCGGUUUGGUAAGAACCCAGACAAACAUGUCACGAAAAGGAAAUGACGGCACAAAGAGGAGGCGGAGGGAAGUGAGAGAUGAUGGGACAACAAACGAGUGCCAAGGUAAGAAGCAGCGUCUUAGAAGCGUCAUAACCUCAGUUUCCUCUCAGUGUGACGGAAAUAGGAGACAGGACAGGGACGGAGGGGGAUACGGAGACGGGGGAACCAAACGGGGUAAAAAGACCCACAGAAAGAGGGUAAGGAGGAGGCGGGCUGAGACUACACACCUGGCGGGGAAGCGUGACUCCGAGGCUGUACCCUGCUUUCACAGUCACAGGCCUCUGAGGAGUCACAGCAGAGACCGACAUCAUUUUGACUCCGCCUCCCUGUACAGCACGGCGCAGAGAGCCACGGAGAGGACAGAGCACCACAGCACAGGGGCUCUGCGGUAUGGAGAGGCAGACAGGGCAGGACAGGAGGGGCGGCCAUUCUGCUGGAAGUCAGAAUCCUCUCUGUGUUCUACUUCUGGAUUUCAGUGGGAAAGGGGUCAGGACCUAGAGGCAGUGGGAGGUCCCGAUGGUUAUGGCUGUGGUUACCAUGAUGACAUGCCUGGCAACAUUACCUGCAGCCCAGUGAGGAGGAGCUUAGACACCCACAGGACAUAUGUGAAUAGGAAGAAGUGUUUGGAGAGGGAGAAUAAAGAGUGGAACAAGGCACAAAGGGGGAUGAGGGAGAGUUGGGACGAAGGGAGUAAAAAAAGGGGGAGCGGGGAGAGGGGCAGUAGAAAGAGGAGGUGCAGAGAGAGGGGCAGUAGAAAGAGGAGAUGCAGGGAGAUAGCCAGUAGAAAGAGGAGGUGCAGGGAAAGGGGCAGUAAAAAGAGGAGAUGCAGGGACACGGCCAGUAGAAAAAGGAGGUGCAGGGUGACCAGUAGGAGGCAGUGUUGGGUAUCAAUGAAAUCAGGCCCUGGAGAAGUCAGUGGAGGGGCCUGGUGGAGGUAUCCCUGGACACCCAGUCAUGGGGAGGGAGAGGGACAGAUCUGGGACAGGGGAUGGAGGUCUAGUCCUGGGGAGGGAGAGGGACAGAUCUGGGACAGGGGAUGGAGGUCUAGUCCUGGGGAGGGAGAGGGACAGAUCUGGGACAGGGGAUGGAGGUCUAGUCCUGGGGAGGGAGAGGGACAGAUCUGGGACAGGGGAUGGAGGUCUAGUCCUGGGGAGGGAGAGGGACAGAUCUGGGACAGGGGAUGGAGGUCUAGUCCUGGGGAGGGAGAAGGACAGAUCUGGGACAGGGGAUGGAGGUCUAGUCCUGGGGAGGGAGAGGGACAGAUCUGGGACAGGGGACCAGAGGACUGUAGCCCAGACAGACACACCUGGAGCAGCACAGAGAGUUGGGAGGACAGCUGGGAGGACCAGAGGUCCUCUGAAGGUAGAGAGAGCUGGGGUAGAUGGGAGCAGAGACAUAGACUCAGCACAGAGUGUUUUCGUUUGGAACGGGUUUCCAGACGCCCUGACCUCAGAAACAGCCCCUGGCCUGACUCCAUCCCUGCCUGGCUGCCCCGCUGGCCCAGCCCUGGCUCCUGUAGCAGCAGCACCAGCGUGUCGGAGUUAAGUGGGGGGUGGAGUAACGUCAGCUCUUGCUCGGGGCUUAUUCUGUCUGGGUUGCCCGGGCCAGCACCGUCUCCUUCACCCAUCAAAGAGAAACGCAAAGCCCCCAGCUUCGCACCAACGCCUCACAGACCCUCGCCCAGCACAGAUACCAGCUGUUCACAGGCCAAGAGCCCCAGCCCCACCACACAGCCCACACAGCUCCCAGACAAGGAGGCCAAACCCCCCCCCCAGCCCAGAGAGGGGAACCCCAGGAGAAAUCUUCUACUGCCACUGAUUGGAAAACUACCAGGCAUCAGGAAAGGAGCUAAGAGACGAGGGGCAGAGAGAAAGAGGGAGGGCCCUGAACAAACAGACAAUCAGGACCACAACCAAGGGAAGGAGACCAGGGAGAAGGAAGCCGUUCCUAAAGGUCAACCCUCCCCUCGACCCCUAUCAUCUCAGAGCCCUGCCUCACUGCAGCAGGGAGACGCGCCCCCGACUGCCCUGAAAUCACAUGCUGCUGUGACCUCAUAUCCUGUCCAAGCUUUAACUCACAGGGGUCAUGGGUCACAAAGCCCCUCCCCUCCAGAGGCUCAACAGCCAAUCAGCUUUAGCGCUGAGGAUAUGGACAAGUAUCGCUGUCUGCAGGAGCAGGCCCGAGAGCAUAUGCAGAGGCUGCUACAGGAGACGGAGACACACAGACACCUGACCACUUCAGAGUCUUACACGCACACCGCACACAGACACGCAACCUCCUCCACAGAGUCAAACACACACCCUGUAUCCAGACACCUUUACACGCACACAAACAUGACAAACACCCAAGAGCAGGGCGCGCACUCUCAGUUCCUGCAGAAUUCCCUGGAGCUAGACACGCACCCCUUCCAAACACACCUCACACCCACACACCCGAUCCUCCCCCCUCCUCCUCGUGCCCCCGUCCCCUCCCCCCAGCCUCCACCCACCCUUCAACAUUUCAUUCUACACAGCGACUUCACCAUAGCACUCUCGUCAGCAUCCUCCUCCGGUCUCCCUGGCGACACUCCCCUCCCUCAUCACCUGUCUCUCCUACAUCCCCCUCUCCCCCACCCUCCGUUAUCUGUUCCCACCAUCUUCCCCGCCAUCCAACUCUCUCAUCCACUUCUUCAUGUCCUCCCUCCCCCAGUUGCCUUCCAUCCCUCCCCCGUCACCCUGUGCCCCCUGACACCCCCGUACCCACAGAGUCUUUGGCCGUUACACUUUCAACAAAAAGCCUUGUGAUAAUAUCAAACAGUAAUUAACAACAUGCCAUGUUAAUGACUCCUGGACCGUAAUGACCCCCUACACUAUAAUAUGCCACAAUAUUUUCCGAAUAUGUGUCUGCUUGUGUUUGUAUGAGUGCAUGCUGUGCGGGUGCAUGUGUGCGUCUGUACACAGAGAGAGAAGACCUGUUUCAUCUUUCUCGUUUCCCCCUCUCCCCAUUCAAGUCUGAAUCAAGGGAAACGAUGCACCUGUUAUUCAGACUAGCUGGCUUCCUCUCAUCUCUCUGUUUCUCUCUGAACGGUAGACAGACCGGCUCUCUUUUGAAGUACCGUAACACUUUUGAUCACGUCGACCAAAUCAUAUUGGUCAUAUGCGCCAAAUACAACAGGUGUAGACAUUUGCUUACUGGCAAUUUGCCAACAAUGCAGGGUUAAAAAGUAUGAUUAAUAAGAGAAAUAAAUACAGAGUCAAUUCUAUAGUUAGGUUAUAUACAGGAAUGGCCAGUCGAUAGUACAAGUCAUAGGGUGGUGGUAUAAUCUAGUUUCAUGUAGGAAUGUAUACUGGCCAUAGGGGAAAGGUGGUUAGGCAUCAGGGUAAAGAAUAAGCUGAGCAGCAGCUGUGUGUAUGAAAAAGAGAGAGGGAGAGGAAGGUGACAGAGAAAAGGGGAGAGGGACUUUUGAAAACAAAUGAUUUCUGAGAACGGUGAAAUCUAAAAAAAUAUUUAUAUUUUAUAUAGGUUAGUGGAGCAUUUGUACAAAAGGCAUCAAUCACAUUAAAAGCAUCAUAUCCAUCCAUAACUUUAACAGGGAAUACUGUAAAAUGCAAUAACAUCUUCCCAUAUAUUUGAUGUACAAUGUUAUGUAAAUACUGUAUAUGUGCUCUUCCCACUGAGGGAUGGACCGACUGAGACUGCCUGUAAUAUAUGGCAAUGGGACAAUAAAAGACUGUGAAAGAAA